GUUCCAUUUAAUGAACAGAAUUGUUUUGCUUCAAAGGUAUCCUCAACCAGUUGAGAUAUUUUGCCUCAAAUAAAAAGGGAAAACAGCCACUAAAGUAUAGCUUGGAAAUGUAUGACGACGCAAAAUUAAUUGAACUAUUAAAAGCCAAUGAUGUGCUUUACAACAGAGAUCAUCCCCUGGCGAAAACCGAGCAUAAGAAAGUUGUUUGGGAAGAGAUUGCAGAAGAGAUGGGUUUACCCGUUGAUCGAGUCAUAAAACGUUAUCGUGGUCUGCGGGAUCGCUUUGUUCGAUAUAAACGUUCGUUACUAACAAAAGGACCUGAAAAUAACUACGAUCAUGCCACUAUGGAAAAAAUGGAGUUCCUAACACCAUUUAUAUACAUCAAAUCAAAUGGUGGCAAAAUUACCUGGGAAGACUCCGAAACCAGUUUAUGUAUUUCCUCAGAUCCGCUCAAAAUGCGAACAUCGACAAUGGAUUAUGACAUAUCAGAUGAAGAUAAUUACAAUGAAACAAGAUCACCUAAGCGUCGUUCACGAUCAAAACGUAAAAAAAGAGAAGAAUCUCCAUUUCAUAGCCAAGAUGAUGAGGAAUACAUUCCACCUGCUAAAAAUCGAAGGACAAAAGAGGAAAAAGCAAAUAAAACGAAAUCGAUUGGUCGUCCUGCAAAGAAAACAGCAACAACAACAGAUUAUACAGAGCUUCAUAGUGUCGCAAGAUUCGAUUCUUCGGAUGACAUUGACUAUAACGAGGAUUCUGAUGAUGCAUUCUGUGAUGCUGUUAAAAGUUUUGUCACACUAUGCCAAUCAGGCGAAAAGUUAAAAGAAAAUAAAGCUUUACAUGGAUUUUGCCAAAUGAUUAUAGCAACAAUAUCCGAAAUGAGCAUACCGAAACAAUCCAAAGCAAUGACACUAGUAACACAGGCAGUAAUGGAAAUGAAAAUGGAAGAUUUAUGUUAAAAAUGAAUCGUAGUUAUAUAAUACAUGUAGAUAAUAGGAAAUAUGUAGAUUUCUCAUAUUUGAAUGCAGCAUAAAUAAAGUCGCAUGUUAGGCCCGUAGUUUAGUUCGGAUUGUUUUUUUUUAAUUUUGUAGCACUAGAAGUUUACAUUCACCCAAUAUGAUACUUUAAUUUGAUAAGUAAUGAAGUAUUAUGUCCUGACCGAAACCAAACACAAAAUGUAUUUUACAACAAUUAGUAGGCGUGAUGAAUAUCGACCUAUGUAUAGGUGAAAGUCCUACCGUACCCAAUAAACAUUUAAUUGAAAAUA